GCUUUAGGCCGCUCCCAAGCCCAGAGCUGCUCUGCGCAAGCGCGACCGACCGAGCAGCUCCGAGGAGUCCGCCCGGAAACAAACAUUCCCCAGGGCAAUGUCACGACUUGGUCUUCCCCAGGAGCCAGUCAGAAACAGUUUGCUAGAUGAUGCUAAGGCCCGCUUAAGAAAGUAUGAUAUUGGAGGCAAAUAUUCUCACUUGCCAUAUAACAAAUACUCCGUCCUUUUGCCAUUGGUGGCUAAAGAAGGAAAACUCCAUUUGUUGUUCACCGUCCGGUCAGAGAAGCUAAGAAGGGCCCCUGGAGAAGUUUGCUUCCCUGGAGGUAAGCGUGACCCUACAGACAUGGAUGAUGCAGCCACAGCUCUCCGGGAAGCCCAGGAGGAAGUGGGUCUCCGUCCUCAUCAAGUGGAAGUUGUCUGCUGCCUGGUGCCAUGUCUUAUUGAUAGAUGGGGGUCUCGCUAUGUUGAUGAGGCUGGUCUCGAGCUCCUGGCCUCAAGUGAUUCUCCCACCUCAGCCUCCUAAAGUGCUGGGAUUACAGGUGUGAACCACUGUGCUCAGCUUCUGAUCUUACUUUCUAUCGGUUCACCACAACAACCUCAUUGUUUUACUAACUGACUUUAGAAGGGGUAAAUAUUGUAUUAAGAAGUAUGAUCUUGGAUAACAGCAUGAUUUUACCAUAUAAAUGUUUUAAUAAAACCUUUAAUUUUAAUUUCAGAAUAGCUGUAGACUGAUGGAAAAGUCGUGAAGGUAGUACAGAGAGUUCUUAUGUAGACCUAGUUUCCAUAUGACCAUAUGGAAACCAUAGGAAACUAGACCAUAGACCUAGUUUCCCCUGUGGUUGACAUCUUACAUCACUGUGUACAUUUGUCACAACAAAGAAACCAGUGUCAGCAUGUUACUGUUAACUGAACUCCAUGCUCUGUUUGCUUUUUACUAGUUUUUCUACUAAUGUCCUUUCUGUCCUGGAUCUCAUCUAAGAUACCAUAUUGUAUUUUGUGGUCAUGUCUCCUUAGUCCUCUGGUCUGUGAUAGUUUCUCAGACUUUCUUCUUCUCAUGACCCUGACAGUUUUGAGAUGUAGUGGUCAGGUAUUUUGUAGAAUGUUCCCCAAUUUUGGUUUGUCUGAUAUUUUUCUCAUCGUUAAGCUGGGGUCAUAAUUUGGGAACACCACAGAGGUGAAGUGCUCUCAUCACACAGUAUCAGAGGUAGGUAUAAACUUUUCAUGGUUUUUCUUUUGUUGUUGUUGUUGUUUUUGAGACGAGUCUCGCUCUGUCACCCGGGCUGGAGUGCACUGGUGCAAACUCGGCUCACUGCAAGCUCCGCCUCCCGGGUUCACACCAUUCUCCUGCCUCAGCCUCCCCAGUAGCUGGGACUACAGGCGCCCAUCACCGCGCCCGGCUAAUUUUUUGUAUUUUUAGUAGAGACGGCGUUUCACCGUGUUAGUCAGGAUGGUCUCGAUCCCCUGACCUCGUGAUCCGCCUGCCUUGGCCUCCCAAAGUGCUGGGACUAUAGACGUGAGCCACCACACCCAGCCUUAAUGUUUUAUAUAUUGGGCUUUCGGGUAAGUUUUUAUUUCAAAACAACAGUCCCACUGUUGCCUAACACUUAGAAAACCAGUGGGUUAGAUGAUCCUUUAUGUUCCACUUGACUGAAGUCUUGGUGGGGCAGUGUUUUGAAGAUCAGUGAUGCUGAGACAAUGUCUGUCUUAAUUGGGUCCUUUUUAAAAAUAGAAAGGUCAGCACCCAAGGGUGGUUUUGUUUGCAAGAAGCUAGUGGCCACUCAAUAAAUGUUUUCUAAGUGUGUGUGUAUGAAAGCGAGAUGGAGACAUGGGAUUACACACGAAAUGUGUCAAUUACUUUUCCAUUUGGUUUUCUAAUGGGAACUCUUUACAGUUGAUUUCCGCAAAUCCACCAGCAUUUGGAGGAUUUACUUUAGAAAUCAAUUAACUAAUUUAGCUAUACUGAUUAAAAGUUUCCAAAAUGAGACUAACUCUGUUCCCAAGGUCCCCAGGUGCUACUGAGUUCUGCAUGUGGGUGGAUAGAAUUCAGCAGCAUUAACAGGAAAGUGUCUCCAGGAGAUUCCUGGGGGCCAGAUACUCCUGGAACAGGAGAUUUCUAAAAUGGCGUGAUUGAAAGAUUAAACAAAGGCUUUAAAAAAAGGUCUGCUUUGUUUGGAAGCGCAAGGGAGGAUUGCUUUGUUUUUUGGCCCCUGCUAAUUUUUAAAAUGUAUCACAAAAAUGCCAUUUAUUGAAAAUUAUAAGCAUAAUCUAAUCUACGUGGCUCUUAACCUGGAGUGAUUUUUCAACCCUGGGGAAUUUGGUAAUGUCUGGAGAUCACAGCUGGGAGGGGGAGGGUGCUAUUGGCUUUUCUCAAGUGAUCUCGAGUCCCAGUGAUCUCGGCUCACUGCAACCUCCACCUCCCAAGUUCAAGCAAUUCUCCUGCCUCAGCCUCCAGAGUAGCUACCUAUGUAUGUAUGCACCUAUGUAUGUACCCGCUACAUAAACCUUCCAGGCAGGCUGUGACACCACAACCCCCACCCCAAUUUUCCCUUUUGUCAGACAUUUAUGUACUACUUUUUGCAAAGGUCUCUGAAAUAUACCCAGGAGUAUGAGCAACA